CAUAACCAAAUCAAAGGCAGUAGUCGAUGUGAAAUAGAGCAGAUAUUAGAUGGAAUGAUUUGAAUGUUUGAAUGAUAUUUGGUGUCGUCCUAAACAUAUCAUUAGUUACAUUGGAAAAAUCUAAGAUUUGUACUCUGAGAGGAGUGCUGUGGGAAUAUUUUGUUAGUUCACUUGGAAGAAUGGCAAAUAAGUUUGAAAAAUAGUCCUAAAGAUGUUGGCCUAAUUACACCACUAUGCAUCUAAACCUGAUGGGGUGGAAUUCGAAUUUGGUUUCAUCUCAAGCUGGAAGGUUAUAAUGCCAAUUCUUUGGUACUUUUUAUUACCUCCAGUGCCUAUCUUGACUUUGUUAGACUAAGUAAUGUGUUUGUAGCUUUUGUUGUUUUCUUGUUUAAGUGUACAGUGUGGUAUUUCUGAUCAACCAAAACAGUUCCAGUCGCUUUCUGUGUUUAGAGGUUGAUGUAUUACUGUUUGAAGCAGCUUUAUGGAAUUUUGGUCUAAAACGAACACGCUACCUACCUAUAAAGCAUGCGAAAACCUUGCAAUCAUUACCAACAACCCAGCUGGUACUGAUAAAAGCUUGCUAACAUGCAAACUAGCUUAUUUUGGUGACAUUAUUGGCGAUGUCAUACUGUAAAGGCGUUUCUUACAUAUUCACGGGAUGUUCCGCCCUGGACCACAGAACUGCAUAGUGCAUAGCCUGGACGGCUAGUGGGAACGACAGGAGGAAUUCUUUUGCUGUGGCAUUAGUAGAAGUCUGGAUUUGAUUCUCCCGGGGCUGCACCAGGGCAGCAGUGUGCAUGGACACUGUGAGCAUGAGUGUGAACGACAAACGGGGCUACCUGGCGGACCUUGGGGGCAGCUUCACUGAGGAUGCCCCCCGGCCCCCUGUCCCAGGCGAGGAGGGGGACCUGGUGUCAGGUGAUGGCCGGCAGUACAGCCAUGGCUUCUACGUCUCCAAGGGCGAGAGCCUCAGAAGCGAGGCCUCUACGGCCACGCCCAGGCGGCCCGACCUUGACCUGGGCUACGAGCCGGAGGGCAGCGCCUCGCCCACGCCCCCUUAUCUGAAGUGGGCCGAGUCGCUCCACUCGCUCCUGGAUGACCAAGAUGGCAUCCACCUUUUCAGGACGUUUCUCAAGCAGGAGGACUGUGCAGACAUGCUGGACUUCUGGUUUGCCUGCAGCGGCUUCCGGAAGGUGGAGGCCAGCGAUGGCAAGGAGGAGAAGAAGCUCAAGCUGGCCAAGGCCAUAUACCGUAAGUACAUUCUGGAUAACAAUGGGAUAGUGUCGCGGCAGAUCAAGCCGGCCACCAAAAGCUUCAUCAAGGACUGCGUUAUGAAGCUGCACAUCGACCCAGCCAUGUUCGACCAGGCCCAGACGGAGAUCCAGACAAUGAUGGAGGAGAACACCUACCCUUUGUUCCUCAAAUCAGACAUUUACUUGGAAUACACAAGGACAGGUGGCGAGAGCCCUAAGCUGUACAGUGACCAGAGCUCGGUCUCGGGGAACGGGAAGGUCCUGCCGGGCUACCUCCCUACCCUGAACGAGGACGAGGAGUGGCGCUGCGACCAGGAACUGGAGGAGCAGCCUGAGAGUGACCCAUCACCCAGCAACCGGCUGACCGAGAAGCUGCUUUUGGAUACGGCCCCGCAACGGGUCGUGAGCACCAAGAGAUACCAGGACAGCCGCGAGUACAGGCAUGGCCAAUGGCGGGAGCCCAUCAACCCAUACUAUAUUAACCUGGGCUGUGCUCUGGCCCCCGUCACCAGCGCCAACGACAGCGAGCAGCAGAGCAUGUCCAGCGACGCCGACACGCUCUCCCUGACCGACAGCAGUGUAGAUGGAGUCCCACCCUAUAGAUACCGUAAACAGCAUCGCCGGGAGAUGCACGAAAGUGCCAAAGCUAAUGGGCGAGUGCCACUACCUCAUAUCCCUCGCCAAAACCGGAUGCCAAAGGAUAUCCACGUGGACCCGGAGAAGUUCGCCGCGGAGCUCAUCAGCCGGCUGGACGGCGUUCUGAGGGAGCGCGAGGCCCAGGAGAAGCUGGAGGAGCGCCUCAAGAGGGUCCGGCAGGAGGAGGAAGGAGACGAUGCUGACGUGUCAGCCGCCCCAUCCGUGUCCAGCCACCGGUUGCCGCCGCCCUCCUCGCUCCACCACAUGCCGCCACACUACGGCGCCCGCUACGCCGAGUGCGCCUACAACGGCCUGCCGCUGGCGCCGCGCGACGCCCACGAGGAGAACCCCGAGAGCAUCCUGGACGAGCACGUGCAGCGCGUCAUGAAGACGCCCGGCUGCCAGUCGCCCGGCACGGGACGCCACUCGCCCAAGUCCCGCUCGCCCGACGGCCUGCCCGCGGCCUGCUUCGGGAAGGGGACGGCCGGCGUGCCAGGCGGGACCCAGCACCUGCCGGGGCGGUUCGGGCCCAAGGGGGUGGAGGCGGGGGGGCAGGCCAUGCACCUGUACCACAAGCACGUGCUCCAGCACGGGGCGGGGGCAGGUGGCAAGCCCAAAGAGCAGCUGGAGGCCGAGGCGGCGGCGGCGAUGCGGGCGGGCUUCCCCUGGCCUGCAGAGCAGCACCACUACGGCAACAAGAGCAGGAACUACGCCGACUGCAUGAUGGCCGGCCCUGGCGCCAUGGAUCUCAUGGCAUACGGCAGCAAAGGCAACACGCUCGCCAAGCGGCCGUCCAAAAAGGUCGAGGACCCGCGGAACCUGGAGAUCGGCUCCGAGGAGCUGGACAGGACCCAGAAGAUCCUGCAGUGGAUGAUGGAAGGAGAGAAGGAGGCCGGACGCUACAAGAAGAGCCCAUACGGGAGCGUCUCGGGCUCCAAGAAGAGCCACGAGACGUCGCGGCCCAGCUCGGUGGAGCGGCCGGGCGCCGUGCACCCGUGGGUGAGCGCGCAGUUCCGCAACAACAACGUGCAGCCCUCGCACCCCUUCAUCCAGGACCCCACCAUGCCCCCCAACCCGGCGCCCAACCCCCUUACCCAGCUGGAGGAGGCGCGCCGGCGGCUUGAGGAGGAGAAGAAGAAGAGCACCACGCUGCAGAGCAAGCAGAGGUAUGUGCUGGAGGUGAUCCAGAGGGGGCGCACCGCCGUCCGGCCCGCUCUGUUCCCCCCGCUCAGCGUGGUGCCCGCCGUCUCCGACACGGAGCUCUCCGAGCCCGAACAUAAACCUGUGAAAAAACAGCCGUGUGAGAAUAUCAUUGUGGCUUACUACUUCUGUGGAGAGCCCAUACCCUACAGGACCUCAGUGAAAGGGAGGAUCGUCACACUGGGACAGUUCAAGGAGCUGCUGACCAAGAAAGGGAGUUACAGGUAUUACUUCAAGAAAGUGAGCGACGAGUUCGACUGUGGGGUGGUGUUCGAAGAGGUACGCGAAGAUGACGCAAUCUUGCCCAUCUUCGAGGAGAAGAUCAUCGGGAAAGUGGAAAAGAUCGAUUGACGCCGGAGCGAGGACGGAGAAUAAGAGAAAGAAAAGAGUGAGAGAGAGCGGAAGAGAGAGUGAUGGGAUGGGGGUGGGGUGGGACACGAGAGGCGGAGUGGUGGGAAAUGGAUGAAACGGUCUCCGAGAUUGUCGGAGAGAAAGGGAAAAAGGGCUGCGAGCAGGUGCAGAGAAGAUAGGACAGGAAAUGUGUGUCUGCGGAGGGCUGGAGGUCGGAGGUCACGUUCGUUAGAGCGCAGGGUUCUCCCUGCGGGUCACGCUGGAACCACACAUCAUGGCGCCAGAGGCUUCCACCUUUGCACACAGACUGCUGGGUCACCCCCAGCUCCUAGUGGACCCAGUCCAGCUGUUAGUGGUCUGUGCAUGGGACGGAAAGUGAUAUCAAUGGGACAAACAGAGACUAAAGAAGAAUGAAUUGAAUGAUAAAGAAGAA